CGUGCUAGUAUUGAUGUGACGGUUAAUGAUUAGUGUGAACUUUGUCUAUGAGGGAAAACAGUUUAAAGGUUGAUGACUGAUCCAACUCAGGACUAUACAUAUAUGCAGUAGCUGAGAGACUUUGGAUUGAGGCAUUCCAGUUGCGUUGGAGGAUAAAAGAUGGAAAGGGCAAUCCUGUGUUUGUUGAUCACGUCGCUGGCACUCUCCAGCUGUGGGGGUCAUAAAGAUGGAGAAUGGAUAUCCUCUACAGGUCGCGGCCAUGAGCAUGAAGGUGGCCAUAGGCAUAAACGUGACCUUGGGCAUGAACAUGGACACGGGCACAGACAUGGACAUGGGCAUGAACGUAGCCAUGGAGGUGGCCACAGACAUGGACCAAGCAAUAGUUCUAUCAAACUGUUUCGCCCAAACAGCAUGUUUGCCUUCCGUUUGUAUAAGCAACUUGUGUCCCAGGCUGAAUAUCAGAACGAGAAUGUCUUUUUCUCUCCGCUAAGUUUGUCAGUUGCAUUAGCGGCCUUAACCCUUGGGGCUAGAGGUGAAACCAACGAAGAGCUCUUUGAUGGGCUGGGAUUCAACCUCUCGCAUGUCACAGAGCAGGGGGUGCACGAGGGUUUUCGUGACAUCCUGCAAAACCUCAACCAGCAAGAAGAGAUUGACCUGAGAGCUGGAAGUGCGUUGUUCGUGAGUGAUGCCUUCAAGCCAAACGCAGAUUUUCUAGAACGCAUGAACACCUUCUACCUCUCUGAUGGCUUCACAACUAAUUUCAAAAAGACUACAGAGGCUGCUAAAAUCAUCAAUGACUAUGUGAAGACUAAGACCAAUGGGAAAAUUAGCAACUUGGUGGACCAGUUGGACCCUGGUACUGUGAUGUACCUUGUUAGCUACAUAUAUUUUAAAGGUAAAUGGGAUGUUCCUUUUAAUCCUGAAAUGACCCAAGAUGGAUUAUUUAAAGUGAAUGAGACAACCAGUGUACCAGUGAAGAUGAUGGCGAGGAAGCAUACCUACAGUCUGUACUAUGACCAGGAAAUAUCCACCACUGUUCUUCAGCUGUUUUACACCAAAUCAGUCUCCAUGAUGCUUCUGCUUCCUGAUAAAGAUCUGGCUGGCCUAGAGGAUGUUGUAUGCCCCGAACAUGUAGCGAAAUGGCAUAGAUGGACUAAGAAAAGGCAAGCCAUGGUGUCUAUUCCAAAGUUAUCCAUUGAAACAUCAUAUUCCCUCAGAAACAUUCUGAGUGAAAUGGGAAUGUCAAACAUAUUUAGCUAUAGUGCUAACUUUACUGGCAUUGCUAAUGAACCUAUUCUUGUGUCAGAGGUUGUACAGAAAGCCACUCUUGAUGUAGAUGAGACUGGGUCGACAGCAUCUGCAGCUACAGGAGUGGCUUUAAUGCCUUUGUCUUUUAGACCCUUUGAAACGAUCACAUUUGAUCGGCCAUUUAUGGUUUUGAUCUCCAACCAUGAGACAAUGAGCAUCUUGUUUUUGGGAAAAGUGGUCAACCCAGCGAAAAAAUAAAACUGCUCAUGGAUGUUGA